UUUUCACUUCCAUCUCGCCACGACCCUUUCUUACUCGCAUACAUACUUCAGCUUCGCGAUGCUGGCUUUCAUCGUCACCUUGUUGUUUCUCUUCUCUUUGGCGCAGGGCGCAGUCCUUCUUCGUGAAGAAUCGCUAUUCAGUUAUAGUACCCCGACACAAACGACACGCUCCGCACGGGAUGCUUUCUCUUCGGAAUCGAACAAUUCUCAGCGGCGAGUUCUCUCCGUACUGAAAGAAGUUGUGUUUUCUCGGUCUUCCUCUUCUUCAACACGCCUAGUUCCAUCUCGACGGCAAGACCUCAAUACUAGUCCAACACCCGCUCCUACUGGGCCGAGCUCAUCAGAAACUACAGUACACAUCACAGACACUAGUGACUUCGCAAUUCUGGUACCUAGGAGUGCCAAUGAAUCUGUGUCUUCGUCAGAGAACGACGCCAUAGCGUAUUGCAGCUCUGGUUCUUCAUGUUCCAACACUCUUCCCGACGGAUUUAUCACCGCAGCAAAAGUAUACACAAGUUCUGAAGGGUCCUAUAUUCAAAUUACUGGCUGCAUGAAUCCUUCGAAAAUGUCGAUGUCUUCCAUCGAUGAGGGUGGUCAAUUCGACGUCAGAUACCCAAAUGGUGCCCAGUGUACUUUCGGUGGCUAUGGCGCUAGUUUUAUAGAACAGCUAGAACCGUCUGCGGGUCGUUUCUGCCUUCGGUGCUGCGCCUCACCAAACGAUCAAACCAACUGUAAUUCUCACCAAGAUCGAGCUGGUUGCCUUGUUGCGGUCCCUGGUACAUACAACUUUCCGGAGAGCGGAGUAUCUUGUGAUGCGUAGGAUUCACGUGGUGCAGGACCGUCACUGA